ACUUGAUGAUCUUUAAGGUCUUUUCCAACCUGAGCAAUUCUAUGUUUCUAUGAUUCUAUAUCAGAAAUACCUCCUGAUAUCAAGUGUGAGAGAAAAGGACUCAAAAGCAAGAAGCAGUCUAACAUUACAGACUUAAGCUUAAACAACUAGCACAUCAAGUACCAUGCACACCAAAAGUCUUUGGUCCCACCACCACUUCUACCACACAGUCUGGAUACACAGAACAGAAAAAGAAUUACAGCAGACAAGAUUAUAUAAUCCAAUAACAAAAAGUUAUCAUACCAAACAUGCAAAUUAAGAAGUUGAGUUGAAUUUUUAAAAAAAAGCAUGCCCCCCAAAAAGGGAACUCCCAUUUUGGUUGCAUCAGUGCUACUCAUUGCUGGAAAUAUCCCACACGUGGUGACGUCUGCAUUUGGACCUCUGCCAACUUUCACUUUCAAUACGGAAACAAACUGGCACCUUGAAAUUCAGUAUUCCCUGCUAAGGAAUAUGUUUGCUAUACACCCAAUAAAUGCAAAACAUAACAAAAAGACAAAAAAAGAAACAACCAGAAUGAACACAGGAAUGAUUGAUGACAAAACCUUCCCAACAAUCAGACAUACAUGUUUCCAUAGUAAAACAGAAAUAAUUCAGAUGGUACAGGGGAAAAGACAUUGGAUUUCGGUAGGCAGGGAAGUGUACAGAUAAAACUUAGAAUUCUAAGUCCAUGAAAGAAACAAAAGAAAAACUCCAAAGCACACAAAGUGCAGUUGCCUCAAAAGCAUCUGCCCCAGUACUUUCACAUCCUGCACUUAACCACAACAGCCUGGCUGCAAGCCAGCCCACAAGCAGGCACACUAACAACAGGGUAGACUGCUUCUGCCUCCAUUACAGCCACCACGUGGUCUCACCUUGCCAGACUCAAGCCUGAAGGAAAAAAAGCAAAUAGAAAGCAAAACUAAAAAUGGAAACAAGGGAAUUCUCUACAGAUAAUGAUGAAAAGAAACAUGCAACUUCUCAUAAAGCUGGCUUCACAGCAGCAGCCCAUACACCAUCAUGAAGAUUCACCAGGCUGCUGCCGAGCACAAGACAAGUCCCACCAAGGCUAUGCCUGUAAACCCUCAGUCCCCAGGGAUGCACAGCAUCCUACUGCUCUUGCUCCUUCUGCCAGCUCUCACCGCUGCCUUCUCCUGUAACCAUCUUCGCCACCAAGAUGCCAACUUCUCUUGGAAGAGCCUCCAGCUCCUUCAGAAAGCGGCUCCACCUCCACCACAGAAUUGUCCACAACAAGACGUGACUUAUCCGUUCCCAGAAACCGUUCUGGAAAGCAAGGACAAGAAGCAAGCCGCCAUCAUCACCCUCCACAUCCUCCAACAGCUCUUCAACAUCCUUAGCAGCCCACACACUCCAGCACACUGGAUUGACCACGCACACCACAGCCUCCUCAACCAGAUGCAGCAUUACAUCCAUCACCUCGAGCAAUGCUUCGUAGACCAAGGUACGCGUUCCCAGAAGCAAGGACCUCGCAACUCUCACCUCAGCAUCAACAAAUACUUCAGAUCCAUUCACAACUUUCUCCAGCGCAACAACUACAGUGCUUGCUCCUGGGACCAUGUUCGCCUCCAUGCUCGUACCUGCUUCCAAAAUGUGGACACACUCAUACAACAGAUGAAAAGUCAAGAUCCUCUCACAGCCUCGUCCAAACAUCUCAACAUCCAGUGACUGUCCCCAGACAACAGCAAUGGCCACUCAGCGAGAGUGAGAUGCAGCAAGGGCUCGGUCAGCCCAGCACCAUUUGCUCAGCCUUCCUCCAUCCAAGGAUCAUAGCAACAGGGAGACAGGCAUGACUGAGCCCAACCCACUGGCACCGUGUCAAGGCCUGAGCCUGGCUAUGGCACAGCCCAUCCUGCCAAACGCCUGGCCCACACCACAGCCCGAACUUGUUUGGAAUGGAAGAAGGAAGUCUUUGUGAUGUUGCACACCUGGGAGACAAUAGGGAUAGGAUCAGCAUUUAUUUUGAGGCAGUCUUGUAGACAACAUCCCCUGAUGGAGAGGAAAGGUCUCAAUGGAUGUUGUUGGACUUGGAUUUGCGCAUGCUGAUGACUUGCUAUUUAUAACAGAACUUUAUUUAUUUGCCUAUUUAUCCCCCAUUCUAUUUU